AUGGAAAUUCUUCCUAACUUAUUGAGAAAACAUGAUGUUAAAAAAUCUCCCACAAAAUUAAAAAGAGAAUUGGAUUCACAAUUUAACCUAUCAUAUGAAGAUCAGGGAAUUUACUUCGACGAGCGCGAAAUUAAUCAAACAUCAUCUCCAAACACGGGCAAAACAAAAAAUGUUUUAAAAAAGGAUGUAUUGCAUCACAGUGAUAGUAAUAUCCCUUCAGAUGAUGAAUCACUUAAAGAACUUGAAAUGCGAGUCAAAAAGCCAAUAACGUCGGUUUCGUUGGAAAAACUACUUGCUUAUCCUAUACUGAGACCAACACCGUUUGAUUUCAAUAAAAACCUCUGCAGAAUACUACCACAAAUCAAUUGA